GACUUCCUCAGCGUCAGGGCGCGCACGCGCGCGCGUAUGCCGGGCCGUGGCGGCGUCUCAUUCAAACGGCCCAAUCAGCGGCCGCGUCGCCUUCCGCGUCCCCUUCCUUUCUACUUCCCUUUUUCAGCCCCUCCGUUCUUUGAGACCACUCCCCAGCACUCGCGGACCUCCAUUGGCCGGCCCGCCGCCCAGCCCUCUCCGCCACUUCCCUCGCUUCUGACCACAGUUUGCGGGGAAGGGAGCGAGCCCGUCGAACACCAAGGAACGUGCGCGCUGACGUCACGGUUGAGGCUCGGGGCUGAGGGGCCGCGGGGGGGGCGUGGCCUGCGGGCGGCUAUAAAGAGGCUGUGGUGCGCGCGCGGCUGGCUCAGUGCGGCCGGGCACCGGGGUGGUGGGUCGUUGGACGCUGUGAGCGGCAGGUGUCGGAGGCAGCGAGGAGCUGAGCGGGGCCACCGGGGUCUCGCCAGGGCCGUAGCAGCAACAGUUGGGCCCCCCCGCCCCGGCCGGAGGGCCGAAGAACGCAGGAAGGGGGCCGGGGGGACCCGCCCCCGGCCGGCCGCAGCGAUGAACUCCAACGUGGAGAACCUGCCCCCGCACAUCAUCCGCCUGGUGUACAAGGAGGUGACGACACUGACCACAGACCCACCCGAUGGCAUCAAGGUCUUUCCCAACGAGGAGGACCUCACCGACCUCCAGGUCACCAUCGAGGGCCCUGAGGGGACCCCAUAUGCUGGAGGUGUGUUCCGCAUGAAACUCCUGCUGGGGAAGGACUUCCCUGCCUCCCCACCCAAGGGCUACUUCCUAACCAAGAUCUUCCACCCGAACGUGGGCGCCAAUGGCGAGAUCUGCGUCAACGUGCUCAAGAGGGACUGGACAGCUGAGCUGGGCAUCCGACACGUGCUGCUGACCAUCAAGUGCCUGCUGAUCCACCCUAACCCCGAGUCUGCACUCAACGAGGAGGCGGGCCGCCUUCUCCUCGAGAACUAUGAGGAGUAUGCGGCUCGGGCCCGUCUGCUCACAGAGAUCCACGGGGGCGCUGGUGGGCCCAGUGGCAGGGCCGAAGCUGGUCGUGCCCUUGCCAGUGGCACUGCAGCCUCCUCCACCGAUCCAGGGGCCCCAGGGGGCCCAGGAGGAGCUGAGGGUCCCAUGGCCAAGAAGCAUGCUGGCGAGCGUGACAAGAAGCUGGCGGCCAAGAAAAAGACGGACAAGAAGCGGGCACUGCGGCGGCUGUAGUGGGCUCUCCUCCUCCUUCCACCGCAACCCCAACCUCUCCUGUCCCCUCCCUCCAACUCUGUCUCUAUAAGUUAUUUAAGUUAUGGCUGGGGUCUGGGAGGGUACAGGGGGCACUGGGACCUGGAUUUGUUUUUCUAAAUAAAGUUGGAAAAGCA